AAAAGUUUGACAAGAGUAAUCAUGUCGAGGAGUUGAUGGGAAGGGUGUUGUAGCGUUAAUCGAUUUUGUACUUCAGCAGUAGAGGCUCAUUACAUGUGCAAACAACCUCAAACACUACUCACUCUUUAAUUGUCGUUCAGUGCAUUUCAGAUUGAGUCGUCCACUCUAGACGCUUUGUCAAAGCAUUGGUUGUGACGCUUUGCGCCUAGUGGCGUUGUCUCCUCAGCCAUCCAGAUCCAGCCAGUUUGCGUGCUUUGAUUUUGAAGUUUGCGGAUCAAGGUCGCCAUGUUUCGGCCGCGACCACGACUUCAUUUCACUCAUUUGGACUUCGAUGAUUCGGAGCGUGGAGGUCCUCGCCGGAAGCUCCUCGAAGCAUUUGCAGGGAACAGGAACGACUACCCCUUCCUUCCGGUGGAGGACACCUAUCGCAAUCGUUCCGACUACUACAGCACGAUGCAAGCCAACGUCAUGGCCGAGGCAGUUUGUGCCUUUCACGGCGGUGGAGGCAUGACGCUGAAUUGUCGGCAAACCUUCGAUUGGCUCGUGGCUUCUCGGUGCGAGAAUGCCGGAAACGCGAACUCGAGGCCAACUCCCGAGCCCUCGGACUUGCAACUCAAAGACAAUGUUGUGGAGCUCAACCGGACCCUUUUUUGGGUCACAGAGUGCAACAUCCAGGAAGUCACUCGAAAUGGUGUCGCAGGGCAUGAAGCCAACCUGAAGGGAUUCGCACUUGGAGGUCGUAGACUAGAGACAGCCUUGGCAGACUUUCGAAGUGAGCACCCAACGACUCGCCUGAAAGUACGCCUCUUCGCUGGAGAUUACUUGAUCAGGUACCGAUGCGCUUCGGAACUUCAACUUAGCUCACCCAGAGACAUGAUGCUCGAACGGAUGGUGCUUGACCCUACCCGUCGGGAUCCUGGAAGCUAUGCUAUGUGCAGAUCUAUUCAGAUGCACCUGAUGCCCAUCAACGAGGACCAGGAACGUGCCGUGAAGUCCUUGGGUCUUCGAGUGGAAAUCAUCCACGGGCCACCUGGGACGGGGAAGAGCACAACGAUCUUUCAUUUGUUGAGUGCACGAAUGCCACCUAGAACAGCUUCAGUGGUCACCUGCGUGACAAAUCAAGCUAUUGAUGCGGUGGCAGAGAAGCUGUCAAUCACACAUGAGAAUGCAGAUGGACUGCGGAUCCUGGUUUUGGGCAAUCCCACCCGUGUUGGCAAGACUGCCGGAAACUAUACCCUGGACAAUUUGUGCCGGAGAGAUGCUUUGGUGGUCAGCAUGAAGCGGGCGCACAACCUUUUGAAGAAGGCUUUGAGAGCAGCUGAAGACUUCCAGUUUGCCCGACAGCAGCGACUUUGGAAGCCUCAUACACGUUCACGCUUCAGUCAGAUGUACAUCGAAGGGCUCCCAUCAGUCAGACGAUACAGACUGGAACUUGAACAGGAGAACUUGCGCCGCAGGCGAGACUCGAUGCCUUUGGAGAAGUAUGAUCCUGUGAAGUUCUACUUCGACCGCCUCAACUCGACGAAGCAGAAGAUGGCUUGGGCAGUCGUCCGAAGCAGGCCGUUUCGCUUGCCUCAGAAGCGAAUGCCAUUGUGCUUUCCCUUGUCCUUCCAGAAUCGCAAGUCUUGGCGUGUGCAAGUCUUUGUGGAACACCUUCAAAGGUGUGCCUCAAAGGCUCAACAGGCAUUUCGAGUGGCACAGGACACUGCUGCUCGGAGGGUGGUCCGCAACUCUUCGGUCUUCCUGUGCACGAUUCCUUCCAGUUACCAGG